UGACGGGGAAAACAUGACCCUGAAUUCAGCCUGAUGUGGAGGUUUUCACUUCAGAAGAGAUGUUUUCACUGCUCGCUCAGUGCGAUGAAGAAGCUGAAGGGAAAAACUGCAGCCGAGCAGCGCUGGGUUUUAAGGCAGCUCAAAGACCCCUAUGUUAAAGCUUCACACGCUCUAAACUUCCGGUGCAGGAGCGCCUUCAAACUCCUCCAGAUAGAUGACAAGUUCAGGCUUUUACAGCCUGGAUCCAGCGUGGUGGACUGCGGAGCUGCGCCUGGAGCCUGGAGCCAGGUGGCGGUGCAAAGGGUCAAUUCUGCUGGGACAGAUCAAGACUUGCCGCGUGGAACAGUUAUUGGCAUCGAUCUUCUCAACAUACCACCUCUGGACGGAGCCCACUUCCUCUCCAGUCAUGAUGUCACUGACCCCGCUACGCACGCCAAGCUGAGGGAGCUUCUCCCCCAGGGGGAGGCUCAUAUCAUCCUGAGCGACAUGGCGCCCAACGCCAGUGGCUUCAGAGACAUGGACCACGAGAGACUGAUCACCAUGUGUUUGUCUCUGAUAGACUUGGCUGAGAAGAUUCUGCUGCCUGGAGGCUCUCUGCUUUGCAAAUACUGGGAUGGGGUUUUUUCUCAUCAGCUUCAGGAGAAACUCUCAUCCGUGUUCAGCAGCGUUCGGACUAUAAAACCACAAGCCAGCCGAAUGGAUUCAGCUGAGAAAUAUUUCCUCGCUAGAAUGUACAGGAAGCCUUUUAAGUAAUAUUUGUAUAUAUCUGAUGACUGCUGCAUGUUUUCUCUGCUGUGUCUUUGAUCAGCAGGCUGUUUGAACAUGAAGUGUUUUACUUGGUGGCUGUUAUCAGAAGAUGGCAGUGUUGAGACAUCAGUGAGGCUUUCUGCUCCAGGCACAAACUCAAGCAUAUUAAAGACUGCGAUGUGCGUUUGUGCCCUGCAAACCAAACACAGAAGCAGCACUUAAUCAGUAAAAUGAAAACCUAUGCAAGACAUCAGGGAGAUUCCUCAAGAGCAUUUUUCUUAUUAUUGCCCCCCGGUAGCCGUUUUUUUUUUCUUCUUUUUUUUAUUAUUUGCUUUGAUGCAGAAAGUUGUUUAGCUCUGAUGUUCAUGGUUGUUUUAGGGACUUGGAGCCACGUGGAGUUGUUAUGAACAGCAGAUUAAGAGUGAAACAGUUUCCCCUGCUGCGUCAUGUACAGAGGGACUCAUUGAAAGUAUGCAGACAGAAACAUUGAACCUAUUCGACUCUUAUUCACCUUUGCUGUCUGAACGAGGAAAGCCUCUAAGGUCUUAGGUGAAAUUUGUUAAUAAGUUGAUGAAUUUUAUUCUAUCUCUCAAUUUCACCUCAAUCACAGC